UCAAUUGUACACGUGCCGGCUGAAUACUAAUACUUACUGCAGAUACAACGCUGCAAACAUGGAAUGUCCCGGUAUCAACAUAACCGCACGGUCCGCUUGGGGCGCCCCCGAUCUGAGCGUUAGCAUACCCUACUUGAUCCAUCCUGUGGCGUACAUGGUGUACACGCAUACCAAAGGGGAGGCCUGUACCGAUUUCGACAUGUGUCGGACGGUGGUAGCCGCCAUCCGGGAAUUUCACACGGAUCCUAAUUCGUGGACUGCCCAGAUGGCCGCCAACUUUACUCCCGAAAUUUUCUACAACUUCCUGAUUGGCAUGGACGGGAGCGUGUUCGAAGGACGUGGUUGGAAUCGGCGAGCCGAGUACCACAAGGAUUACAACGAGCAGGGCAUUGUUACCGCCUUCAUUGAGAAUAUUCCUAUUUCCAAUGACGGCUAUAAAGCUUUAACUUACGCUGCCGCGAAAACAGCGAAUGCUCUCUUAGUCUGUGCCCGGUCAAAUGGUUACUUGAAUCCAAUGAAGGACUCGGUUAUCGUUAAUAUUCACCAGCAGGCCAAAGACUACAUUUUACACCCUGAAACACUGAAACCGCGGAAUGACACAGAUGCGCCCUUUGUUGCGGAAAAGCCCAACUUUUCGGAAGGCGUGGUGGCGGGAAUUGUUUUCGGUAUCAUACUAUUAGUGGUGCUUGCUCUGGCGCUUUUGGCUCUGCUCUGGCAGCACACCAACAGCACCUGGAAACAGGCUGAUAACGUCGGUAGCGAUUCACGAAGCCACCGGAAUCGGAAUUGGCCUGAUAUAAUCUGGACGGAGUUAACCCGACUUUUUCAUGUUCCUGCGAUCGCCAAGAAUGAAGUGGUUUUGGGUUUCGCUGAAUCCAGCCGAUGUGAGAACUCCAAUGAUGUGAUGCUGAACAGCCUGACGAAAAGGGGUCAAUCUGAUGUUGGCCACGUGGAAGAAGCGCACCAUAGUCCACCUCAUCAACCCGCCACUGCACCCUAAUCGUUAACUAAACUCUGUGAAAAGCCUUUCAAUAUUUGCGUAUGGCGGAAUUAAGCGUGGCCGCCGUGUGCGGCUCCCUGCACAGAGCUUAAAUGGUUACGAACUGUCAUGACAGUCAUGUUCACUAUGUUCUUAUGAUUGUACCCCUGAUGUAACCAAAUC